UUACAGCCACCAUUGGUCCAAGCAAUCUUCAGCGGUGAUCCAGAGGAGAUACGGAUGCUCAUCUACAAAACGGAAGAUGUGAAUGCUCUGGAUUCUGAGAAGCGAACCCCACUUCACGUGGCUGCGUUUCUGGGAGAUGCAGAGAUCAUUGAACUCCUGAUUCUGUCAGGAGCUCGUGUGAAUGCCAAGGACAACAUGUGGCUGACCCCGCUUCACCGGGCUGUUGCCUCCAGAAGUGAAGAAGCAGUGCAAGUGUUGAUUAAGCACUCGGCUGACGUCAACGCGAGGGACAAGAACUGGCAGACCCCGCUGCACGUGGCAGCAGCCAAUAAGGCUGUCAAGUGUGCGGAAGUCAUCAUCCCCCUGCUGAGCAGCGUCAACGUCUCUGACCGAGGGGGACGCACAGCCUUGCACCAUGCCGCUCUGAAUGGCCACGUGGAGAUGGUUAAUUUACUCUUGGCCAAAGGGGCAAACAUCAAUGCGUUUGACAAGAAGGAUCGGCGUGCUCUGCACUGGGCAGCUUACAUGGGCCACCUGGACGUUGUGGCGUUGCUCGUUAACCACGGCGCGGAAGUGACGUGUAAGGAUAAGAAGGGCUACACGCCCCUGCAUGCCGCGGCCUCCAACGGGCAGAUCAGCGUUGUCAAGCAUCUCCUGAAUCUGGGGGUGGAGAUUGAUGAAAUCAACGUAUAUGGAAACACGGCCCUCCACCUGGCCUGCUACAACGGGCAGGAUGCUGUAGUCAACGAGCUGACCGACUACGGUGCUAAUGUGAACCAGCCCAAUACCAGCGGAUUCACCCCGUUGCAUUUUGCUGCUGCCUCCACACACGGUGCUUUGUGUCUUGAACUAUUAGUAAACAACGGGGCGGAUGUUAACAUUCAGAGUAAAGAUGGUAAAAGUCCUCUGCACAUGACAGCUGUCCACGGAAGGUUCACACGGUCACAAACCCUCAUUCAGAAUGGAGGUGAAAUUGACUGUGUGGAUAAGGAUGGCAACACUCCUCUCCAUGUGGCUGCAAGAUACGGUCAUGAACUUUUGAUUAACACCUUAAUAACCAGUGGAGCUGACACAGCCAAGUGUGGAAUCCAUAGCAUGUUCCCCUUACAUUUAGCUGCCCUCAAUGCUCACUCUGACUGCUGCAGAAAGUUAUUGUCAUCGGGCUUUGAAAUAGACACCCCAGAUAAAUUUGGAAGAACAUGCCUUCAUGCUGCUGCUGCAGGAGGUAAUGUGGAAUGUAUAAAACUCUUGCAGAGCAGCGGAGCAGAUUUCCAUAAAAAGGACAAGUGUGGGAGGACCCCUCUGCACUAUGCAGCUGCAAAUUGUCAUUUCCACUGUAUUGAGACAUUAGUGACCACAGGGGCUAGCGUUAAUGAAACCGAUGACUGGGGCCGCACCGCUUUGCACUAUGCUGCUGCAUCAGACAUGGAUAGAAAUAAGACUGUCUUAGGAAACGCCCAUGAAAAUUCCGAAGAACUUGAAAGAGACAGAGAGCUGAAAGAAAAGGAAGCUGCACUAUGUCUAGAGUUUCUGCUUCAGCAUGAUGCAAAUGCAUCUAUCCGGGACAAGGAAGGCUACAAUAGCAUACAUUAUGCUGCUGCCUAUGGCCACAGACAGUGUCUGGAAUUGCUUUUGGAAAGAACCAACAGUGUUUUUGAAGAGUCAGAUGCUGGUGCUACCAAGAGUCCGCUCCACUUAGCUGCCUACAAUGGGCACCACCAGGCCUUGGAAGUCCUUCUGCAGUCGCUGGUGGACCUGGACAUCAGGGAUGAGAAAGGCCGCACUGCUCUGGAUCUGGCAGCCUUUAAGGGACACACAGAAUGUGUGGAAGCACUUAUCAAUCAGGGUGCAUCCAUCUUUGUGAAAGACAAUGUAACCAAAAGAACCCCACUUCAUGCCUCAGUAAUUAAUGGUCACACACUGUGUUUGCGGCUAUUACUAGAAAUUGCAGACAACCCAGAAGUGGUUGACGUGAAAGAUGCCAAAGGACAAACCCCGCUGAUGCUUGCAGUAGCAUAUGGACACAUUGAUGCUGUUUCGUUGUUACUUGAAAAGGAAGCAAAUGUGGAUGCUGUUGACAUCAUGGGCUGCACAGCUUUACACAGAGGGAUUAUGACAGGACAUGAGGAAUGUGUGCAAAUGCUGCUGGAACAAGAAGUGUCGAUUCUGUGUAAAGACUCCAGAGGGAGGACACCCUUGCACUAUGCGGCUGCUCGUGGCCAUGCCACGUGGCUGAGUGAGCUGCUGCAGAUAGCACUUUCCGAGGGGGACUGUUCUUUCAAAGAUAACCAGGGCUACACGCCGCUGCACUGGGCUUGUUACAACGGUAAUGAAAACUGCAUAGAGGUACUUUUGGAGCAAAAAUGUUUUCGAAAAUUUACUGGUAAUCCCUUCACUCCACUGCACUGUGCAAUAAUAAAUGAUCAUGAGAAUUGUGCAUCAUUGCUCCUUGGGGCCAUAGAUUCCAGUAUUGUCAAUUGUAGAGAUGACAAAGGCAGGACACCACUUCAUGCAGCAGCAUUUGCUGAUCAUGUGGAGUGCUUGCAGCUUCUUCUGAGACACAACGCUCAAGUGAACGCAACAGACAAUUCAGGGAAAACAGCACUGAUGAUGGCUGCUGAGAACGGGCAGGCCAGCGCUGUGGAUAUUUUGGUGAACAGUGCCCAGGCUGACCUGGCUGUAAAGGAUAAGGACUUGAACACACCCUUACAUCUGGCUAGUAGUAAAGGUCAUGAAAAAUGUGCCUUGUUAAUACUUGACAAGAUACAAGACGAGAGCCUUAUUAAUGCAAAAAACAAUGCACUGCAGACACCCCUCCACGUUGCUGCGCGCAAUGGCUUGAAGGUAGUCGUUGAGGAGCUGCUAGCCAAAGGGGCUUGCGUACUUGCUGUAGAUGAAAAUGCUUCUAGGUCAAAUGGACCCCGUUCCACACCCGGAAUAGCUGUACAAAAAGAAGAAUGAGACUUUUUAGAUUAUGCACAUACACAUGCACACGUAUUUGUAUGUAUUUAUAUAUAUAUGUCUGUAGUUCGUCAACCAGCUAUCCACGAGGACCAAAAUGCUUCAGUCUAAAAUGGAAGAUUUAAAUUGCUUUCCUUCGAAGUGGAAGUGAGAACUGAAAUAGCUUUUCUAUGGAGUUAAAAUGUCAUCGUUUUGCAUAACAGUCUUUGUUGUGUUUUAUAUUUCUUAUGACACAGAUUUCUAGUUGAUGGCUUAACAUUUGUAACUGAUAAUGUGUUGACUACAGCUUAUUUUUUUUGCCAAACUAGAGAAAAUGUUCAUAUACUUUUGAUGUAAAUGUGUUUGUAUUUAUUUGAAAUGAAACAAAUGCCGAGGAAACAUCCAUUGUUUGUUCUCUGUUUUAAUUCCUACUUGUCUUACUUGGAAUCAUGAAAAAGCCGGAAAAUACACAGGACUCUCCCUGGGCUGGCCCGCAGUCCUGGGGCCAAGCCCAGCAGCAUUUCCAAUCCUAAGGUUUCCAGCCAGCCCUCAGGUUCUUCCACGUCGGUCGGAAAGGGGUAAAACAUCCGUGGCUCAGCCCGUGUGUAGCCAGCUCAGAGCUUAAAAGACACUGCAGUCCUGUGAUCUUCUGCGAGAUGAAAACUGAAGUGUGUACUGGAUCAUAUGCCCAAAAGUGGCCCAAAGAAAGAUAUAGAAAUUAUCCUGAAUACGCUGAAAAUCUCACAUGAUCCCAGCAACCUCAUGGGAAACUAUGGCAGUGUGUGCGCACAUGUACCAAGAAGAGAAAUAAAAAUCACCAGCUUAUGCUAUUUUCCACUUGAGGAAGAGACAGGAAAGAAACAUGUUGCAUUAAGGUAGUGCUCUCCGACAUUUUAUAAUCGAUUCCAUUUUCACCCUGAAAAUUUCUAUCUUAUAAUAUAUGUGAGAUAUUUUUAAAACAGUGUUCUAUCAUGUCUGGAUCAAAUACAGAUACUGUAUUAUAUAUUUCAUCUAAUUGUAAAAGGCUUUAAUCUUACUCUGUAAUAUCCUGGAUUUAAUUAAAAACUCAUGCUGGGUUCUUCACAAAUGAGAACUUGUUCAGAGGACUUCUAAGAACUGGUAUUAAUUUCACUGAAAAAUUUUGACACCACCAUAUUGUUUUUUUAAUUCUUGGUGUUGUGUUCCCCUCCUUCCUCUGUCCUUUCUGUUUGUUUCGAGAAGAUGAGUUUCGAAAAAGCGGAUAAAUUGCUAAUGAGCAGUAAUGACCUUAUCUUUACCAAAACCCUGAAAAUAAGGGAGAUCUAACACUGAAGAAGCACGAUAUACUGCGGAGUCUUUUUCUAGAAGCGAAUGGAAAUCUUGCUCAGUUGGCAUUUAAAGCAGGAUAUGCGAUGCCUGCUUUAAUUGUGAAGCAGCGUUAACAUUUUUCCCCGGUAGAGUAGCACAGAGAACAAGAAACAUUGCGGCAAAACAGCGGCAGCCACGCGACAUUACCUCCACGGAGCUGCGUUCUGACUUCUCCCCGCUCUUUCACUGCUGGAAAGAAGGAAGACAAAGGAACAAAAUGAAAUCAUGCUAUGAAUUGUUCACUGAAUCCAUCUCUCGCCCCCGCUCUCUUUCUCUUUCUCCCUCUUCCCCAGACCAAUUUUUUUCCUUUAAGAAACGACUUUAAAAACUAUGAGUUCUGCUUUUCACAUACAUCUCUUAGAAAUAAAGCUAGAUUUUCCGCAUAGCUAUUUAAGAAAAACAAAAACGGAAAACAUUGUGCUUUUACCUUAAUGUGUUCUUUUUAGACUGUAUUUUAACCACAGCCACGGGGAUCAUGUUUCAUCGCACUUACCUAUUCGCCGGUGUCUGCCUAUCCUGGGUAAAUAUGUUACUAUCUCCAAAUUGCCUAAAAUCUGCUAUGAUUCCACAGUAAAUAGCUCAGGGGAUUUCUAUUUAUCACUACUAAAAGGGCACCAUAGUAUGUUUUGGUACUUUAGGCAGUAAACAGCUGCUUGGUUUAUUAUUUUAUUAUUAAAUUAGGACAAGAACAUCAAAUGGAUUUGCUGCACUAGUAAUUCUUCGUACUGUUGAGCAACUUGGUUUGCUUAUCUGUUGUGUUGGUUGAAGAACUCAUCCCUUUUUUUUUGUCUUGGAAUAUGAAGUUAGAGUGCCUUUUUAUAUUUGUACAUUCUGAAAAUGUUCUGUGAAAUGUUUGGUAUUUUUUUUCAUUUGAGUGUUAUCAGAGCAAUAUAAUACCAGUGAGUUUUCAUUUCAGCCUUUCUUUGAAUGUGUAGAGUGUCUUUGUCCUCCUUCCCCUUUUACCUGCUUUGAAAUGAAAAUGAAGAUGCAAAGUUUUCUAUAGGAAUUGUUUGAUAUUGCAGUGCUAAACUGCUUUCUUUUUACAAAACUGUAAACCAUAGGUCAGUGUUAUAGGGCAAGAGAGCGUUUUAAGAUAGUGACAAUCUGAGUGUGUGUAUAAAAUGUAAUUCUAAGCGUUUCUUAUGCAGUGAUCUAAAAAUUCAAUGCAAAUAUCUUUUGUUUGGUAGUUUUGUCUAUAUAUUUUAUGCUUUAGCAUGUGCAAUAUAUCUUUGUAAAGCGCGAUGAUACAAAUCUGGUGCCAGUGUUAUAUUUUGCAUAUUUGUAACAGCAUAAAAUGUUGUUUGAUGAUUUCAGUGGGAUUUUUGUCUGAAAUGUUUUCUUAUGUAAGUUGGAGUUGAAUGACUCUGGUAAAUGCCAUGACUGUAAAAAUGAGGAAAUGACUUUGAACCAAUCUGAAUCUUCUCAAGCACAGUUUAAUACUUUUUCAACUACUGAAUGCUAAUAAUGUAAUGAAGUGCUUAACUGUAAUAUACUAUGGAAAUGCAUUCAGAUGGUUAUUUUUACAAAUAAAAGCGGUACAAAUCUUGUUGCAA